CAGCAGGGAGCAGCAUCAGUGCCGGAAAUGCCGGGGUCCAUGUGGUGCUGAAUGAGGUGAGAGGCUGAGGGAGCCAAGUAACUCAAAGGGGCCCGGGAUGGUGAAAAGGAAGAUGGGACCUCCUAGGUUAAAGCAGCAGGCAAGCCUCCUGCGGGCCGCUGGGCAGAGCUGGUACAGAGAGCUCAGCAUAGCCCGAGCCCUUACCACUUGGGCCCUUCACAAGGCGCUCUCUCCCACCACCUUCUGGCUCAAUCCCUUGUCAUUGUCCUCUCCCCCUACCUCCUCAGCGAGUACAGACCGUUAGGGGCCACCCGCACUGCCCUAGAAUCCACGCAUCUAUGCCCUCCCCGGAUUCUAAGCUGAUUGAACCUUCUCUGUUUACACAGACCCCGGCCACGCCCACGGGCUCUGGCGUGGAGCGGGGAGGAGGGGCCGAGCCAGGGGCCUCCACGUGCGCGCUUUGCCCGUUGCUCUGGCCACGGCCCCACCCAAUCAGGCUCUGUUGUCCUGGAGAGGGCAGUCGCGGGCGUCGCUUGUCUGCGUGGAGAUCCUCAGGGUGAGGCCCACAGAGUCCUGUUUUAUCUUGCCUCUCACUCGAGGCGUCCAAAAGCACCGCUAUGUCAAGUGAGCCAAGUGCCACAGGGACCUCACCCAGGACACCGCGUCCUGGGGCCCAGAAGUCAUCCGGUGCAGUAACCAAGAAGGGGGAUCGGGGUGCUAAAGACAAGACAGCAAGUACCCUGCCCCCGGUGGGAGAGGAGGAGCCAAAAAAUCCCGAGGAGUACCAGUGCACCGGGGUCCUGGAGACUGACUUCGCUGAGCUCUGCACACGGUCAGGCUACACGGACUUUCCCAAAGUUGUCGCCCGGCCACGGGCCCAACAGAGCUCUGUCCCUUCGGCCUCCGUGUCAGAAAAACCGGCCCAAGUCCAAGAUGACCAAAGACUGUCGGCAUCCUGCAGCCAGAACAGCCUGGAGAGCAAAUAUGUGUUUUUUCGGCCCACCAUUCAAGUGGAGCUGGAGCAGGAGGACAACAAGGCAGUGAAAGAGAUCUACAUCCGAGGUUGGAAAGUUGAAGAUCGGAUUCUGGGUAUUUUCUCCAAAUGUCUGCCCUCCCUCACCCAGCUGCAGGCCAUCAACUUGUGGAAGGUGGGGCUGACGGAUAAGACCCUGACCACGUUCAUCGCCCUUUUGCCUCUUUGUUCCUCCACACUCAGGAAGGUAUCUCUGGAGGGCAACCCAAUACCGGAGCAGUCCUUUAACAAGCUAAUGGGACUGGACAGCACGAUUAUUCACUUGUCUCUGAGGAACAACAACAUCAACGACCACGGGGCGCAUCUCCUGGGCCAGGCACUGUCCACACUGCACAGCAGCAACCGGACCCUCGUUUCCCUGAACCUGGCAUUCAACCACAUCGGGGAUGUGGGCGCGGGCUACAUCGCGGAUGGCCUGAGGCUGAACCGCUCUCUCCUCUGGCUGUCCCUAGCGCACAACCGCAUUCAAGACAAGGGAGCACUGAAGCUGGCCGAGGUCCUGCGCCCCUUUGAGCUGACCCACAGGGAGGUGGUGGAGCGGCGGCGCCUGCUGCUGGUGAAAGGAACGCAGGAGCGGUCUCGAUCGCCUUCCUCCUCCCGAUAUGGGGACACCAAAGCAGAGCGUGAGAAGUCUCAGCCGUUGGGGGUCAGCACUGUUACUUUGGUGGACAAGCAAGAAAAGAUGCAGUCACUGAAAGCCCCUAAAGGUCUAGGCAAGAAGAAGGAGAAGUCAGGGGAAGUUGUAAAGAAGGAAGAGAAGCUGGGAUCUGGGCAGUCACCCACACAAGGAACCCCUAAGAAAGAAGAUGCCGCAAAGGCAGGCAAGGGGAAGGUAACCAUCCCUGAGCAGAAGAUGAGCAAGGGAAAAGGGCCGAAGACGGGGGCCAAAGAGAAGCGCAGCAUCCUCCUGGAGUCUGAACACCUAGGACACAGCCUGAAUUAUAACCAGCACUCAAAGCCUCAGCUGGUUGUUGAAGCUACAGAGAUGGUUAACCCGCUCCUGGAGCCUGUGGAACACCGAGAUGGGAAGGUUUUCUUGCCUGGGAACAAGGUCCUUUUGCACCUCAACCUCCUCCGAAACCAAAUCACAGAGGUGGGGCUGGAAGGCUUCCUUACUGCUGUGCAAUACCAGGUUCAGGCCUCCAAGUCCAGGACUUCACCCAAGGCCCCCCUGGGUCUGCUGUGGCUGUCCUUGGCAAAAAACUGCUUUGACCCACAGUGUCCAACACACAUCAUGAUUCAAGAACUGAUGUUGCCAAGGGACCCUGUGAAGGCAAAGGCCAGGGAGGAGGAGGCCGCAGCUACCUAGGCCUCCUAAUGGCAAUCUCUGUCUCCAUGGGAGGCGUCUUGGACCAGUAACAGUCUGUUGCUGUGCUGUUCUUUGAAAAUCACUCUGUAACCGUUUGGAACA